ACGGAUACAAACUCGAAUGUGCACAGUUUGGAUUAUUUGGUAAAGGGAUUUAUUUUUCUUCCACAUCAUCAAAAUGUGACAACUUUAGCAUCUUAUUAAAAAACAGUGAUGGUAUAAACUAUAAAGUGAUGAUAUUGAAUAGUGUGGCUUUAGGAAGGAUUUAUAAACCUACUGAAAAUGAUUUUACACUUACAAGCCCUCCACCUGGGUAUGAUAGCGUAUGUGGAGAUCCUAAUACUGUCAAAAAUUUAAAUGAUUUGAAGUUUGAUGAAAUUAUUGUGUAUAAAGAAGAAGCCUCAAUUCCACAAUUCCUUAUCGUUUACCAACCAGAAAUCAAUAUUGAAUGA